AAUGAUCGCUGUCACAGAUUAUGAUGCAACCUACAACGAAUUGUAAAUAGAUUAUUCUAAUACAGACAAGCCAAGAGAAGAUUUCUCGAUGAGAGUAUACAAUCCAUGCAAGAUUAAAGUGACCACAAAAUCAAUCAGGCCCUUAUUAAGUUGACAACUGAAUAGUUAAAAUAAUUAAAAUUGGAAAAGUAAAGCUAUACUUAUAAAUAUAUUCAUCAGGAAUUCUCAAAAGCAAAAGUAUUCAGAUUACCUCAACUAAGUCAAUGAAAUAUUGUAAAGAAAUAGAAAUAGGUAUGUUAUUUGAAAUUGAUUUAGUCAAUUGAAUUUGUACUCAAAGGAAGAUAAAUUAUAUUAGAUUAAAACAAGUCUAUAAUCUGAAUUAUUAGCGUUAAUCCCUUCAGUGUAAAUAUUGUCAAUAUUAUAAGGGGUUUGCGUCAUAAGAGAUUAUUGCAACAGGAAUAAGUGGAUGUCAAGAUCAGAAGACAUAAGCAUCAAAAUGAAGAAAAACUCAGAUAACAACAACUACUUAGAGGUGUAGGAGAUUAAGAAAUGAAACAGAUUUCCUAAAAUCUGUCUAAAUAUGCUAAAAAUGAUGAAAUGGAUUCUCCAAAACAAGAUGAUAAUAAUUUUGAUAAUGGAUCUCUUGUUAUGUCAAAGAGCUUUAAUCAAUCCUAGCCCAGAUAAAUAUAAUAGCAAUCAUAAAUGUCUUAGAAUUUAACUCCUGUUGUCUAAAAAUAAUUUUAAUAAAAACCAUUAAGAGGGCAAGUAUCAUCUUAAUUUGUAUAUGGAGAAUCUUAGGAGGAUGAUGAUUGAAAUUGAU